CGCAGGGGGGGGCGCCGCCUCUGCCCCGCGGCGAGGGUGUCUAUGGAGAGGCGGCGGCCGCGCCUGCUGAGGCGGAGGCUGAGGUGGUGGCGAUGGCGCCCUUCCCCGAAGAAGUGGACGUCUUCACCGCCCCACACUGGCGGAUGAAGCAGCUGGUGGGGCUCUACUGCGACAAGCUUUCUAAAACCAACUUUUCCAACAACAAUGAUUUCCGUGCUCUUCUGCAGUCUCUGUAUGCUACUUUUAAGGAGUUCAAAAUGCAUGAGCAGAUUGAAAACGAAUACAUUAUUGGUUUGCUUCAACAACGCAGCCAGACCAUUUAUAAUGUGCAUUCUGACAAUAAACUCUCUGAGAUGCUUAGCCUCUUUGAAAAGGGUCUGAAGAAUGUUAAGAAUGAAUAUGAGCAGUUAAAUUAUGCAAAACAGUUGAAAGAGAGACUGGAGGCUUUUACAAGAGAUUUUCUUCCUCACAUGAAAGAGGAAGAGGAGGUUUUUCAGCCCAUGUUAAUGGAAUAUUUUACCUAUGAAGAACUUAAGGAUAUUAAAAAGAAAGUGAUUGCACAACACUGCUCUCAGAAGGAUACUGCAGAACUCCUUAGAGGUCUUAGCCUAUGGAAUCAAGCUGAGGAGCGGCAGAAGUUUUUUAAAUAUUCUGUGGAUGAAAAGUCAGAUAAAGAAGCGGAAGUGUCAGAACAAUCCACAGGUAUAACUCAUCUUCCUCCUGAGGUAAUGCUGUCAAUUUUCAGUUAUCUUAAUCCUCAAGAAUUAUGUCGAUGCAGUCAAGUAAGCACUAAAUGGUCUCAGCUGGCAAAAACUGGAUCACUUUGGAAACAUCUUUACCCUGUUCAUUGGGCCAGAGGUGACUGGUAUAGUGGUCCUGCAACUGAACUUGAUACUGAACCUGAUGAGGAAUGGGUGAAAAGUAGAAAAGAUGAAAGUCGUGCUUUUCAGGAGUGGGAUGAAGAUGCCGAUAUAGAUGAAUCUGAAGAGUCUGCAGAGGAAUCGAUUGCCAUCAGCAUUGCACAAAUGGAAAAACGUUUACUCCAUGGCUUAAUUCAUAAUGUUCUACCGUAUGUUGGUACUUCUGUAAAAACUUUAGUAUUAGCGUACAGCUGUGCAGUUUCCAGCAAAAUGGUUAGGCAGAUUUUAGAGCUUUGUCCUAACUUGGAACAUUUGGAUCUUACCCAAACUGACAUUUCAGAUUCUGCAUUUGACAGUUGGUCUUGGCUUGGUUGCUGCCAGAGUCUUCGGCAUCUUGAUCUAUCUGGAUGUGAAAAAAUCACAGAUGUGGCUCUAGAGAAGAUUUCUAGAGCUCUUGGAAUUUUGACAUCUCAUCAGAGUGGCCUUUUGAAAACUUCAACAAGCAAAAUUGCUUCGACUACCUGGAAAAAUAAAGACAUUACCAUGCAGUCCACCAAGCAGUAUGCUUGUUUGCCCGAUAUAACUAACAAGGGCAUUGGAGAAGAAAUAGAUAAUGAACACCCCUGGACUAAACCUAUUUCUUCUGAAAAUUUCACUUCUCCUUAUGUGUGGAUGUUAGAUGCUGAAGAUUUGGCUGAUAUUGAAGAUGCUGUAGAAUGGAGACAUAGAAAUGUUGAAAGUCUUUGUGUAAUGGAAACAGCAUCCAAUUUUAGUUGUUCCUCCUCCGGUUGUUACAGUAAGGAUAUUGUUGGACUAAGGACUAGUGUCUGUUGGCAGCAGCAUUGUGCUUCUCCAGCCUUCGCGUAUUGUGGUCAUUCAUUUUGUUGUACAGGAACAGCUUUAAGAACUAUGUCAGCACUCCCGGAGUCUUCUGCAUUGUGUAGAAAAGCAUCAAGGACUAGAUUGCUUAGGGGAACAGACUUAAUUUACUCUGGGAGUGAAAAAACUGAUCAAGAGACUGGGCGUGUGCUUCUGUUUCUCAGUCUGUCCGGAUGUUAUCAGAUCACAGACCAUGGUCUCAGGGUUUUGACUCUGGGAGGAGGGCUACCUUAUUUGGAGCACCUCAAUCUCUCUGGUUGUCUUACUGUAACUGGUGCAGGCCUGCAGGAUUUGGUUUCAGCAUGUCCUUCUCUAAAUGAUGAAUACUUUUACUACUGUGACAACAUUAACGGUCCUCAUGCUGACACCGCCAGUGGAUGCCAGAAUUUGCAGUGUGGUUUUCGAGCCUGCUGCCGCUCUGGCGAAUGACCCUUGACUUCUGACCUUUGUCUACUUCAUUUAGCUGAGCAGGCUUCCUUUCAUGCACUUUACUUAUAGCACAUUUCUUGUGUUAAUCAUCCCUUUUUGAGUGUGACUUGUUUUGGCCCCAUUUCUUACAGCCUCGGAAAUCUUAAUUUACCAGUGAAUUGUACAGUGUUGUUUCUCUUGCAAAUCCUAUUUUUGUUUUAGAAAGGGAUUAGGUCUUUUUCAUAGGGUGAGAACAAUUUUAUCAGAUUUCUUUUAAACUAAAUAUUUUGAAAAAAAUGUCACUAAUGCCAUGCCAUUUAAAGUAUUUUUUAGAUUAUUUUGAGUUUUGAAGUCAAUGGGUUAUUGGUUCUCUUCAUAGAUAAACACUGUACCAAGUCUUGCAGAUCUUUUCAGACAUACAUUUUUGAAGUUUUAUUUUCAGAGACUGCACAGUUUGGAAACCAGUCUCCUUUCCAUAAUGUUUCCUUUAUUUGAACAAUUCUCAGAGGGCCAAUUCAAACAUAUCCACGUAUAAGAUUCUUUAAGAUUAUAAAAUAAAUUGGCUUCUUGGUGUUAGCUCAGGGAGCUGGCACAGCACCAGUGUCUUUGUAUUCGCUUUCUUCAAAGACCCCUGGUUCCCACCACUGUCCGUAAAUUGUCACAUUUGGGGGAGGGGUUUUUAAAAGUUCCACAGUCAUUUGAAGAAAUGUAUAAAUAAAAUCUACUUUGAGGACUUUACCAAGUAAUUUCUUUUGUGUUUUGAUUUUGUUGUAAAUCUCAAUCCAGGGUUACUUUACUGUGAAAUGGGACUAAAUAGGUCUUUUGAACUCCCAUGAAAUCAUGACUCUGACAAAUGAAUAGUUUUAGACAGAUACCUGAUUUUAUUGAGCUGAAUUGUCUUUUUGAAAUUUAUUGUGCAGUCGUCAGAAUUUGCAUUUGUAAGCUUAUCUUCAUUGCUGUUUGAAAUAAUAAUUGGAAUGGAGACCUGUUAUUCAGAAAGGCACAUAUUGAGUCAAUUUUAUGUCAUGCUAUGUAUAAUUUAUGUCACAAAGAAGAGAACAGUCAGCAGCAUGCCAUCUAUUUUUAUAAAUAUCUGUAAGGCUGUGGAAGAGGAGGUAAUCUUGCAAUUAUGUUCUUUGUGGUCCCAGGUAUUUUUUGUUUGUUUUAUUGAGGAAGAGGAAGAGCAGGAAAGAUAUAAACUAUAGAUAGACAGAUUUCAGUUCAGGCUAAGAGAAAACUGUUUUACACAGAGUUGUCUAAAGAUGAAGGAAGAAACAUUUGACGAGAAAAUAAAUAAGAAGUCACUCUGCUUUUAAAUUUAACUAACAUUUGAACUAAAUACUGUGAGGGAAGAUCACCUCUAAGGAAGGACAUCUAAUGACUCUGAAAUUUCACUUUUCUCUAAGAGUUUCCUUAUUUUGAUUCCAUUGCUAUUAACAUUUGUGAAAUAUAAGAUGGAACCCCUCAAGUUUCUUGUAUGGAGGAUAGGGCAGCUCUGGAAGCAGACCAUCUUACCCUUUAAGUUUGUGUCUCUUAGCUUAAGUCCUCAUGCCUCUUGUGGCACUACUGCGCCUAGCUGCCUCCUUUAAAAGUCUGGCCUAAGCACAAAGGAAAAAACGUUCUGGAUUCCCUUAGAGAACUUGAGAGGAAAUCUGAGUUUAGUGAACCGUUACAGGGUCAGAAGUUUUAUUUUGUAGGUUGACUGUUUUGUCGUUACUGUACUUUUAUUUCCUUAAAUGAUUAAUAAAGUUCAUUUGAAAAAUUGA